AUUUGCUUUAUUAGUUGUUCUCUGCUAACAUCGUCGUGUCGUUUCUUAUGCCACAGAGCACAUCGGGGACAUCUUUCAGCCAUGCAUUUUCACAAACAGACCCACCUAAUCUGUCAUCUCGGGGGACUCAGCUCUCAAUGGGUACUCUACGACAUCAUGUCAAAAGCAGAGGAACACAAACUACUGGCUGUUCUGAAAGUGUGAACAUUGGCACAACUACAGCAGAUGCACCUUGGGGACCUCUGACCUCCACGCCAAUCAAGGUAGCACAUCCAAGGCCAGCUAAAAGAAUACGGUUAGAAGAAGAGGAGGAAUAUGACACCAGUCAUUCUACAAUCAUCCCAGAACCACAUGACUCAACAUAUGACCCAGCUAACUCUAUGACAGAUGUCACUGAUGUGACAGACAUGACAGAUUCAUCACAGCUAUUUGACACAACUAGAUCUGGCUACAAGGACUCCAAGUUCAUUGUUUUUGAGAAGUGCCUGCUGGAGCUUUUUGAAACCUGUCCCAUAUGUAAACGGGUAUCUGAUGUGAGGCCACGCAGACGCGGCACCUUCUUGGCAGUUGACCAGAUUUGUCAUCACUGCAAUUUUUUUCGACAGUGGAAAAGCCAACCUGUGAUUGGGAGCUGCCCCACUGGAAACCUUCAACUGUCGGCAGCCAUAUAUUUCACUGGCACUUCAUUUUUCCAGUUACAAAAGGUAUUCAAAGCCAUGCAUCUGAAAAGCAUUGGACACUCCACAUUCAGACGGCAUGCUAGAAGUUACUUGGAGCCUGCCGUGAUCCACAAAUGGCAUGCGUUCCAGGAAUCUGAAUUUGAGCACCUGAGGCAGAGACCAGUCAAAAUUGGUGGUGACAUGAGGGCAGACUCACCAGGCCACUCAGCAAAAUACGGUAGCUACAGUCUGAUGAACCUGGAAAACAACAACAUCAUUGACAUUCAACUUGUGCAGAGCAAUGAGGUUGGCGGGAGUCACAAUAUGGAAAAAGAGGGGCUAAAAAGAAGUCUCGAGCUUCUUGAAUCCAAAGGUGUGGCUAUUGAGUACAUCGUCACAGAUCGGCAUCCUCAAAUACAAAAAUUUCUUAGAGAGCGCAGCACACAGCACUUCUAUGACGUCUGGCACUUUGAAAAGGGUCUGUCUAAGAAACUGGACAAAAUUUCCAAAGACAAGGACUGUGCAGUUGUGAAGAAGUGGCAGCGUGGCAUCAGAAACCAUGUUUAUUGGUGUGCAACCUCAUCAUCCACAGGGACAGAGAAGGUUGCAAAAUGGACAUCGGUUGUGAACCACAUCCACAACAAACACACCCACGACAAUCCUGCUUCCCUUUCAAUACGGUUCACUUCGCAUUGCGUCAGUUAG